AUGGAGCUCCCCCGGGAGGUCGCUGACUGGCUCGUCGCCUGCGGCGCCCUUUUACACCCCGAGACUGGCCCUUCACGGAGCACUCGUAAUGUGACGUCAUCAGCUGACGUCAGCACGUUCGUCCACCUCGACGACGAUGCGGCGGCGCGCUUCGAAACAGGUAUCGGGACCGCAGCUUUGGUCCGAGUUUUGCUGCAAGAGAAAGGGCUUCCGGAGGCGAAUCUGGACGGUUUGCGAACGGCGUCUUCUCCGGUGGCAAAGCUCUUCAACUGGAACAAGCUGAGUCCGGCGUUAGCGGCGUUGGGCGUACCGUUGGAUAGUGAGACAAAGUCGCUGAUUUUGGCGGGGGACGUCGAUGCGGUGGGGGACAUACUGUCGGUGUUGCACCAGAUGCACGGGGACGUGUAUGCAGACAGGAUAGUCAGUGCGCAGACUUUGGAAGAAACAAAAGAGAACGAACGGGGAGGCACAGAUGGUGAUCUAGAGCGGGCGGAAAGGAGAAGCGGGGGGGCAGAUACUGGAAAAGAGCUGGGUAAAGAGUAUGCAGAUACGAGAGGUGGCCCGUUGGACGAGUCUAGGAAUGAGCGGGGAGAGUCCAACGCAAAUGGUAGAAAGGGGGAGGUUUACGGAGGUCAGGAGACAGAGGAUUACGUCAUAAACCAGCUUCAUAACCAAAGCUCCCGAAAACCAGCUCAGAAUGGCAGGUCUAGAAAGAGGGACGAAGAAGAGGACGAGGAGGGCGAGUCGGAUGCACACGGGGGUGAGGGGAAUGAGUAUCUCGAAGGCAAAUCUACCCCGCCGGAAGAGAGGAUUGAUUGGAGUCGGCUAGCCAGCACAAGCGGACGCCCCUCGAGCCGACUGUCAGAUAUAGAGCCCAGACAGGAACGGGCAGCGGGGGGUGAAAAUACUGCCAAACAGAGGGAGGGGGCAUCGAACGAACCAGAAUCGGGGGCCGGCGCAGGAGGGAUGGAAGUCUUGGCUCGACUUGCAUCAGAUAGUUUUGCGGUGUCAUUGUUAGACGCGGCUACUCGGUUGGCCGGAGGAGACUUUGCAGAGUGGAUCGUGAGGGGGGGCACGGAAAACGAGAAAGUUUUGGUGUGGCUUGAAAAGGUGGCGGAAAGCGCCGGUGUCAUAGCCGCCGCAGCUGUCGCCGAGCCGUCCGACUUGACACAAGUGCUCUCGGUCGUGAGCACGGGCAUGGGGUUCGGCAGCGCUGACGUCAUCUUCGCCACGUGUCAGGCCCUGGCUGGUCUUGCAAGAGCUCUCCCCGAAGAUACGUGCACAGACUGGUUUUUGAGCGAAGCGGGCCCUUUACAAGGCCUUACGGACUGCUGGUUAACCCACCGAUCGAGCCGGUCAGCGGGCGGGUUAGCCGAACUAAGCUCAUCUUUCUGUGGGGGAAUGAUGAGGGCCCUGUUUCAAGAUAAGUUGCACGAGGUCCUGCCUGAGGCGGCAGUGUACAUGGAUGUGACGGAAGCGAUUUUGGGGCCUCUCGGGAAGAACCACACGAGCAGAAAAGCGCUUGCCGCGGCAGGAGUGCCGGGAGACCUCACAGCUUUUGCGCUGCGGCAUCUGGGUAACGGCCAGGAGGAAGGGGUAAAACUGGCGGCAAUGAGCCUUGUGACAGCGGUCUGGGCUCGUUUCCCAAGCCAGGUCGAAAAAGACGAAGACCGGUGUCGCCUCGCAAUCUCCACGCUUAAGCGCGCGUGUCGCGACGCAAGUCCGACCCUCCAGCUGGCAGCGCACGGCGCGCUCUUUCGACUGCUCGACGGCUUCAUCGCCGCCGGCUCCGCUUUCGCGCCGCGAGUUUACAAGGCCCUUCUCUUCUCUUUCUUCGAGCAUUUCUCCCGCCCCGACCUCCACGCCUCGGUUGUCUCCAAUCUGAGCCACGUUCUGACACGCCAUCCGACCGUCCCGGUCGGGCCCAUGCUCGAGCCGCUCGCGCGCCACGUGGCGCUCCACGGCUUCUCGCCGCUCGACACCGACUUCUUUCUCGUGCUCGCUAGGCACCGCCAUGUGGACGCCAAGCAGGCGGCCCAGCUCGUAUCCAUGCUGGGCCAUAUCGUAUUGCACAGCCCGCGAUAUGCCCCGGACGUCCUCCCGGCUCUCACCGGGGUUCUCUCCCGGUUCCCCGAGCCGGGGCCCGCGGCCGAAGCGCUCGCGUUGUUUUGCAAAGAGGGUUUCGAGGCUUUGGUCGGCUUUCUCCUAAGGCCACAAGACAGUCCCACCCAUCCCCCGGUCACCGAGGUCCUUCCCCCAGUCCUCAUCCAAAUCGCGCGCACGGGUUAUCCCCACCUGAUUGCCUGCCUCCAAGAGCGCGCCGCGGCCGCGCGCGCGGACUUCUGCGCUCGCGCGCGCUCCGCGGCCGCGCACCCCGUCCUCGAAAAGCUGGUCGCCGCGCUAGAGGCGUCCCAGGCCGGGCCGUCCGCAAACCCGCCCGCUAACCCGACUGUUUUGAAGCCGCAAACGGGAGGGUUUGUAGUUAACGAAGGCGCACGGAAAAACGUACCGAGCUGGGGUCCGGGGCGGCUUCUGCUGAAAAUGGCGGACGAGGCAACGGAAGAGUCUCCGGCGGAAACUCCCAGGACGGAGCGUGUGAAUAAGCCCAACAGGACGGAUGGUGUGAAUAGGCACCUCAAAGCCCCCGGUAGUCUAGCACGCGGGGAAGAACCGAAGCAAGCACCGCAAGCGAAACGGGGGGUCUUGCCGGAGCUGAGAAAGAGCGGCGCGCGGAGCCCAUUGGAAAGCAGCAAGGCUCAGGGUGACGUCAGUACGACGUUAGGUCACCGUUCGAAGCAACCCCCGGGUCAACCCCUCUCCCCGAAGCCGCUGCCCGGUGCUUUGUCGCCCAAACCGGCCACGUGGCAGAAGGAAAGAACGGUGGGUGACGUCAGCGCGACGUCACCCGGCCUGGGCAGCUCCCUGGCGAAGCGAAACCUGCUCGACCCGGCGUCUCCUAACCACUCGGUUAAUGAUAACCCCGGCACUUUGGCUCCGUUAAAAGACUCACUCAGCCGCCCCGGUCAGAGCCCGGUGACGAAGAAGUUUGUUUUUGGGCGUACCAUCAUUGUCAAAAGUGAUGACGUGGACGACCGCGGGUUUUGGGCGAGCGGGGAAAGUAACGCGGCGUCCCCGGUGCAUCCCCCUGGGUGGUGGGCGGAGCGGCGAAAGAUUGAGAUUGAGAAAAUAAAGAAGGCCAGGGCAGAGAAGGCUGCCCAAGAGCAAGAAGAGCACGACAAACAACUGGCAGAGGAGAUCCGCCUCAAGGCGCUGCUCCGGCGGAAGCGGAUGAUGGAGCGCCGGAACCGCGAUCCGGCGGAAGGCCACGAAGGCGACACGUCAGCGGACGGCGCCACGUCAUCAAGGCGCGCGGGCCGGACACGCGCGCGCUUGAAGCCUCUCGAGAGCGGAUCAGAGGCACCGGGAAGGCGCCGGUCCAAAACGGAACGGAACCGGAACAGCCGGGAGCGGAAGAGCAGGGCGAAGAGAGAUGAAGUGGAUCAGGUGCUGGAUGACAUCAUUGGUGUCGUCAGCGCGGAGAGCGAGGUGGAGGAGCGCGGACUCCGGGCGAGGGCCAGAGCGGAACGGAAGCAAUCGAGAUUCGUACAAGCGCAGUCGAGCACGGAAGUGAGGGGCCGGGAUAGAAGAACACCUCGUGAAGAGCGGAACGGGGGGAGCGGAACGGAAAGAGACGAAAUGAAACGGAAGGAAGAUAGAAGUCGCAGAGAAAGGUCGCGAGCAGUGGAAUCACCGGCCAGCAGACACAAAGACACGUCAUCAUCUCCUAGAAGAGGAAGGGAAGACUCGUCAGCUUCGCCGGAUCGACACCGGAAAGGACCGGUAGACUCCCCCGGCCGCGGGGCAGACCGUAACCGUAACCCUAACCCUAACCAUACCCACAAUCUGCCUAACCUAACCAGCCCGGGCUCCGUUCCCCGGUUCAUGUCCCCGCUCGGCAAACCGCCAAACCCCCCAAACCCCGGUUCCGCGGCCGCGUCGCCAAAGCCGAGGCCGCCCAAGCCGCAAAAUCACCAGGGGGGUACACCGACGGCGACCAAGCUGGCGGAAAAGGCUCUGCGUUUGCCCCGGUUGGUCGCCCCCUCGGGCACUUCUACGCCCCGGUCUAUGGGCGGCGGGUCGGAGGCCGGGACGGCAACGCCGGGGGGUGGACCGCAGGCGGAGCAUCCGGCGGCGAAGGCGUUGCGGAUCCGCCGCGAGAAGCAGCGCCUUGCGGAGGAAGCCGCCAAGAAGCAAGCGGAAGAGGAGGAGCGGCAGCGGCGGAAGCGGUUCGAGGCGCACGCGGUCCGAUUACGGGACGAAGCGAAGCGGUACCAGGAGCAAAAGGCGGCGCGCGAGAAGGCGAAGCUGGACGCGGAACGCAAGGCCCGAGAGGACAAGGUCCGGCAGGAGAAGGAGGCGACGGAACGCGAGCGGAAGCGGAGGGAGGCGGAAAAGGACAAAGUGCGCGCGUUCCGGGACGCGGAGCGCGAGAAGGAGGCGCGCAGGAAAGAAGAGGAGGCGCGAAAGCUUCACGAGGAAGAACACAAGCGGAAGGAAGCCCUAAAGAAGUACUUGGAAAAGCGAGGGACUCUUGGGAAGGACUCGUCCAUGGCCGGGACACGGUCGCCGAGCAUGGCGUCUCAAAAACCGGGCGGAUAUUCGCCUUUUAACACCGUAGGGCGGGAACGGGACGAGAGGGGUCCGAGAGCGAAGUGGGAACGGCUACCCCCACGGCGAGUGUCAGGGACGGGAAAGGCGGUGGAUGAUACGCUGAGCCGUCUUAUAAAUGAUAUACUGUACUGAUAGGCUAUUGGAAAAUGCUGUACGCAAUCACAUCCAGGAAGUGAGCAUUGAAAGCGACUCUAUAAGUCUCUUACUGGAAAAGGACACAAGUGCUGCACAUUUCGUGGCGCGUAUGAUGAACAGAAAGCGAGAUAUAGAUACGGAUG